AUCGCUCGGGUGGGCCGAAUUCUGGAGAUGGUCGGCCUAAGCGUGUCUUUCUGCUGCAUUAUCAUCUGUCUUUUCCUCUUCUGCUAUUUUCGUCGUCUGCGGAACAGCCGGACGCGGAUCCACAUCCACCUCUUCACGGCCAUUCUGGUACUGGUGGUGCUGAGGCUGACACUGUACAUCGACCAGUACAUCAUCCGAGCCGGCGACAGCAACGACGGCAACGAGCGAGGCAUCGACAACACGCCGGGGCUGUGCGAGCUGUUUUACGUGCUGCAGGAGUGGGCGCGGUCAGCCACUUUUCUCUGGAUGUUCCUCGAGGGCUACUACCUGCACUCGACUCUCACCAGGGACGUGUUCAACGAGAAACCCAACUUUGUAGUAUUCAGCCUGAUCGGCUGGGGCCUGUCCAUUUUGCUGAUGUCCGUCUGGGCAAUCUUCAUGGCGUACCUCUACACAGAGACGCAGUGUUGGUGGGGAAAACAUGUGAGCCGGCUUUAUUGGAUCAUCCAAGGACCUCGGUUUAUGGUAAUAGCGGCCAACCUGGGAUUCCUUCUCAACAUAUUAAGAGUUCUUGUCACAAAACUUCACGAAAGCAGCUCAAAUGACGUCCAGAAAGUCAGGAAGGCGGUGCGCGCGGCGCUCUUCCUCCUGCCGCUGCUGGGCAUCACCCACUCGCUGGAGAUGUUCGAGCCGCCGCUGGACCGGUCCGUGGCCGUGUUCGGCUGCUACACCAUCGUACUCGCCGUGCUCGACUCCUUCCAGGGCUUCUACAUCUCGCUGCUCUACUGCUUCCUCAACCAGGAGGUGCGUGACGCGGUGGUGAAACAGUGGCACGACAUGAGCGUGCAGCGCCAGCUCGGCUGUCGGAGACCGUCGCACAUCGACAGAAAAGCCAGCUGCCGGCUGCUGCACAUGCACAGCGUUCGGACGGAUGCGGAGGCGACUGUCGAGCAAACGGUACCCACCGAGAACCCAUGACAGGAGAGGGCCGGCACCAGUCGGCCGUCCGACCCCGGCGAGCAGCGCCACCUAGCCUCCAACGGCCGCUCCGGACUGCCGCCUGGCGAGCAGACAGUGCUGACAUCUGCCGGCCGCAGUGUGCUGCCAUCUGCGGGCAACCUACUGUCGCCCUCGGCUGGUCGCCUGGCCGAUCGCUCGAGCGAAACACAAAUUGACGCCCUGUGAUUGACUCGCCUUUGCUCGCUCGGCCGAGAGAGGGCGGAGUGUUUUUAGAAGAGGACUGCUUCGCAAUGUGUGAGAGGGAAAGGAUAGAGUCAGAGAGCCAUUGAUAUUUGAGGACAGUGUCAUGAUACGGGUAUCAUCAGACGCAUAUGGCUCUCCAGCACGGGCAAGAGCAUGAAAAAAUACGAGAACACCCAAA